AUGCGCUUUUGUCGGUCGGUGGACGUUAUGAAACCAUGGAAUGGAAGGAUCUUAUUCAAUGCCUCAAGGAUUCAGAAUGCGAACUUGAUCGCCUCGAGGAGGCCAUACAGCAUUUCGACACUUGGAUCGACAUGUCGGAAAUUCGCUGUGUUGGACAGGGACCCUGUUGGAGGUCGCCAGAGUCAUGUCACAACACAUGUGUUUUACUGUCCGUCUAACAUCUCAAUUGCUACGAAUGGAGAAGACACGAGCAUUUUCCAUAUCAUAAGCAGAUCAUAUAGUACGGGGUCAGCUGCAUACUCAGUUGUUGAACACGGAAAUGGACCCCCGUCUGAGUCUUUCGAGACUCAUAGAGUCACGCAAACCACAUCUUAUAGAAGUCAAACGCAACAAAAUGUCACGACAGGGACCGUGGCGCGACAGCGAGUCGCUAGAAACCCGAUUCCACCCAAACCUCCUGCAACAAAAUACUGGAGCCAUCAUUUACAUAAAGCUCCCGACGGAAAUCCAAUCAUAAUACAUUACUGCAGAAGUCUCCGAACAAUGGAAGACGUGGCUCAGUACUUUCUGGACGACGAAGUAAUAGGUUUCGACAUGGAAUGGAAAGCCUCAGCCACAUAUGCCGACGGCAUCAGAGACAAUGUCUCCAUGAUCCAACUUGCAAGCGAAAAGAGGGUCGCGCUGUUCCAUGUUGCCUCCUUCAUAGGAACAGACCCCAAACACUUCGUUGCCCCUUCACUGCGCAAAAUACUGGAAUCGCCCGAUAUCACGAAAGUCGGAGUUUCAAUCAAAGCAGAUUGUACACGCCUACGCAAAUUUCUCGGAGUCAAUACCCGAGGUAUCUUCGAGCUCAGUCAUUUGCACAGACUAAUCAAAUACUCCCAAUCGCAGCCGAAACUCGUCAACAAGCGCCUGGUCAACCUCAACGACCAGGUAGAGGAGCAUUUUGGACUGCCUUUGUUGAAAGAAACCGAAGUGCGAUGUAGUGACUGGACCCGUCCGCUGAACUAUGAUCAGGUUCAGUAUGCCGCGAAUGAUCCGUAUGCGUGCAUCUGUCUGUUUAAAACUAUGGAUGGCAAACGGCAAGCGAUGAUUCCUAUGCCCCCUCGACCGGCGCAUGCGGAAUUGGACUUGCCAAUUCGCCUUGUGGAGGAAGCACAAAAGGCGACUGUGGCGGAGGAGAAUGCAGCCGCAGAGCUCGGUGGAACUGCGAAUUCCAACGUUGAUGGAAAAGCCAUAUAG